AUGGCGAGGCUGGCUUUCGCGGUGACACUGUGGAGGCUGGCGGUACCGACGACUUUGAUUCGCGACAGGAUAUUUUGCGGGAUGUCGGAGUCGCUCAUAUGCGAGAUCUUCAAUCUAACAAUCAAUCUAGGCAAUCUUCGAACGCCGGGGUCAUCUUGCGGUAGAUUCCCCGGAUGGCAUCAUCCGUCAACUUUGGAUCCUAUGCUCGGUAGGCGCCAUAAUGUGACGUUGCGGGGGGUAAGUGGGCUGUUGGAGGCGUUGAUGCAGUCAUUCAACGAUGCGGCGGGUGUACCGUACUACAUUUACGGAGACCCAGCAUACCAGGUAUCCCCAUGGCUGAUGGCACCAUACAAAGGCUUGUUAUCUGUUGCGGAGGUGGCAUUCAACAGGGCGAUGAGUAGAGUCAGGGCGACUGUCGAAUGGGGCUUCGGCCGGGUCGUGGCGAUGUGGCCUUUCGUAGACUACGUGAAGAAGCAGCAGGUGACCCUCAGCGCAUGCGGUCUUGGAAAGCAGUACGCGGUGGCUGGCUUGUUAUCUGUUGCGGAGGUGGCAUUCAACAGGGCGAUGAGUAGAGUCAGGGCGACUGUCGAAUGGGGCUUCGGCCGGGUCGUGGCGAUGUGGCCUUUCGUAGACUACGUGAAGAAGCAGCAGGUGACCCUCAGCGCAUGCGGUCUUGGAAAGCAGUACGCGGUGGCUGGUAUUCUUUUUUGUUUGGGCAGAAAACGAAUCGUGCCUUGGAGGAAUUUUCUUGUGUCCAUUGUUACGUCUUUAUUUCUUAAAUAA